GCCCUCCCCCGCCCGCCCCUUUCCCCAACAAACACUCGGGCCGCCGGCUGCAGCGCUAUAGUCGGCAAGUUUUGCGCGUACGCCCUGGCACGGCAGAGCGGCACUCGCGACCCGACCGCCAGGCAACCGGCGUCGGCCCACGGCGUGGAUUACUCGCGGCCGGCCUGUGCAGUUCUGUGUGGUGCUCGACCAGUGCGUCGGACGUCGGGCGCGGACCGGGGACAGGUAGCCGGCGUCGUCCAUCUUGGGCCGCGUGUGCGUCGGCCGUGCGAGCACCUCGAGCCAGCGCGCCGCCAUCCAUCAUCGAGGCCGACGCGGGAGCCGCGGGGUCAGCGCCGCGCGCGCCCCUUCCGCCAUUGGAUGGCUUCCGUCACGUGAUAUGCUAAUCUCCGGCGGCGGGGCGGAGCCAUGGCGCAGCUCGGCGGCGACAACAAGCCCAAAGAAAAACUAUCAUCCCGCUCCGAUUCAGCCAGCGGCGGCAAAAAUUAAUGACCAUGAGUUCGUUUUUGAUGAACUCGCCGUCCUACGUGGACCCCAAGUUCCCACCUUCGGAGGAGUACUCGCAGGGAAACUACAUUCCGAGCCACGGCGCCGGUGACUACUACGGGGCCCCGGCGCACCACCACCCGGCCGCGCACCCGUACGCCUUCGGCGGAGCCGCCGCUCCGCCGUACGGCGCCGAGAACGGCGGCUACGUGUCCAGCGCCUCGCCGCACUACUACCAGCACUCAUGCUCGGUGACGCAGACGACGCUCAGUCCGCUGUCCAGGCCGCAGGCCCUCGAACAUGCGGGCGCCGGCAGCCACAGCCCGCCGUACGUCGGGGGACCGCAGCCCACCGUGCCGUUGCAGCGGUCGCCGUCGCCCCCGCCGGCCUCGGCGCCCAUGCCUCGGCCUUCGCCGCAGUCGCCCCACGUGGGACCCAUGCACAGCCCCGGGGGCGCCGUGCCGGCGUCGGACUGUUCGCAGACGGGGCAACCCGUCAUCUACCCCUGGAUGAAGAAGGCGCACGUCAACGCCGGUGAGCACCCAUUGUCCUCGCAGGGUCGGUCCUUCCUGUUCGCCUCCGAUCCUGCGAAUGGCACCUUCACGGGGAUGGAACCAAAGCGGCAGCGGACAGCGUACACCCGACACCAGAUCCUUGAGCUGGAGAAAGAGUUCCACUUCAACCGCUACCUCACGCGACGGCGGCGAAUCGAGAUCGCCCACUCGCUCUGCCUUUCCGAGCGACAAAUCAAGAUUUGGUUCCAAAAUCGACGCAUGAAGUGGAAGAAGGACAACAAAUUACCAAACACCAAAAACGUCAAGAAGAACAAUCCCAAUCGCGCCGCUCAGCAGCAGCAACAGCAACAGCAGCAACAGCAGCAGCAACCGCCCCAGUCACAAAACACGUCGCAGGACUCGCACCCUCCGCCGCACCAACAGACGCCGCCGUCGCUCCAGGUGUCGAACCCCCUGGCGCUGACGCCGCACCAACACGCGCACCUGCUGAACAGCCACCCGCUGAGUCACCCACCUCAGACGCACAUCAUGUCGCCGCUGCCACCGCCUCCCUCCAUCGACACCAAAGGGGACUAUGGACUCACGGAACUGUGAGGCGCGUGGUGCCCUAGUGCGUGCUGUGUUGUGAGUGCCCGCGGUCCGACCGCAGACAGAGUGCCGUGGACACUGCCCCGCGGGCACCUCCGCUAAAAAGUUCCUCCUGUGGGUUAGGCCCCCCCGGCACGGCAGGCGUCAUGGACUCCGGAGCUCGAGGAACUGCUGACUCACGCCGAGCCGUUGCAUGCCCGGGGGGGUUCCGCCACGUGCGCGCACUCGCGCGCGCAUGUGUGUCUGUGUGUGCGGGUGUGUGUGUGUGGAUGCGUGUGUGUGUGUGUGUGCGCGCGCGAACUGUUCUACGAUAGGUAGCGCCGUUAGUGUGUCAUGUAGUUCAUGUAAAUAUACUCAGGUCUGAGAGAUAAACAUCCGCGUGCCAGCCGGUUUCACCACUAUCACUUGUCGCGACAAAAAAUAAAAAAAAGGAGCUCGGCACGAUUCUCAGGCUCCGAGCAGCCAUCGAAAUGCCUUCAAACGCCCGACUCACUGACGGAAGGAAUUCUCCUCUUAAACGGAUCAAGUGAUUUGAUACUCAGGGGCAUUUCGCGCAAGUGGGUGCCUACUCAAAAGGCUGGCCGGAAGGCUCUCCUCGGAUUCGGACGGGGCUCCACCGACAAGAACCGGCCGAGGCUCCUCUCCGACUUCUCAAUCGAGUGCAGUGAAUGACGCGAGAAGACUCGAGCGUGGGGUGACUGCUUGCAUUCCCGAGGAAUUAUUUAUCUGAACUGCGACGCUUGUCCGAGGGACUCUUGUGUGCGCGCACAAACCCUCUUUGCCUCCGGUGGCCUCAGCAAAGAAGAAGGAAGAAGAAGCAUCUAGCCUGUUCUGGUAACGUAGCCCAACCUAUUUUGUAAAUCAGUUGAUCGUAUCCCCGCAAAAAAACAACAAAAGAAGAACUCGCUCGCGUGUACCUUGCACAGUCUCGCGGGCGCGCUCAUGCAUGCUCUCGCAACACAAAAGCCACAACGAGUAAGAUGUACAGAACUUGUGGAAAGCUCAUGACAACGCGUUUCGAUUUCUGACAUGACGUACACUUCUCGGCAGGAAUAAACCGGAUGAUGGUAUACAUACUGACUUUGUCCUUUGUACGCUUAUUUUUGAUUGGAAGACGAUUCGGUGCAACCACAGGUAUAAAUCAACUACUGUAAGCGACUGGGGAAAAGAAAAAAGGCGACCUAAGCGUCGGAGACUUAUUCGGGAACAAAUAAUUUGCAGGGCGUAGUUUCGCGUAACAAUCAGACGAAAUUCAUGGUGGCCAAGUUCAGUUUUUGGUAGCGACCUUUGAAAUCUCUCGAUCCCACAUGUGAAAAUAAAGCGCCUCUUUCUACUUUUUUUUUCCUUUUGGUUGCGGUUUGUGAUAAUGGCACAGUUCUACAAACGAGAGUAUCAAGAUAUCAAAACCUACUAACUUAAGGCGAAGUACAACUAGCAGGCAAAAUACACACACAUACGUACAUAAAACACGUGUUAGGUUUACCGAGUGUUCUCCUUUUUGGGAAAGCUGUGAUAUUUUACAUCGUGUUCAUUGUUAUCUUUGUUUCCCUUUUUGUGUGUCUUCGUACAUGUUAGGAUUGUACAUUUCGCAUGUCCCACAUGAAAAAUAAGUUUUCAUUUUGCGAAGACUUCUUUCGAAGUGUUUUUCGCGCUUUUUAUUUUUUAUUUUUUUCUUGGGCGCAAAUAUGGUUCACAGGAAACGUCCUACGCAGCAGUUCAGAAAGGUAUAUGUUGUAGAAAAAUAAGGAAGUAUAGCGCCAUCGGACGAUUACCUGGUAAUGUGUUGCUGCUUAAAUACUAUUUUGAGCGUGCAUCACCAUCCUGCGUACGAACGGUUAGGAUUUGGACUCGCAAUAGGCGGACCUACAUUUUGCAUUCUUGAGACAUAAUGGUCGCAGCUCUCGUUACGCUGAGAACUUGCAAAUGAGUUUCUUACAUUGGUAGCUCCAAUACCACUGAUUAAUUGUGCUUGAUAAGAAAGCACUAUCUGCAGCCGUUGAGCGGAGCAAGACCGUUCUAGCCUUCUGGGUUUUAUUAUUACAAUUAUCUGAGCCAUCGGAUGCUUCCAUCCUAUUUUUUGACACGAAGGAGGCGGACCUAACUCGCUUAUGGCUGAUGGCACAAGAUUCAUGAAAAUUGCUUGGGAGCCUGAGUGAAAUUACGGGCCGACGACUCGGGCUGUCCGACAUCAUAGCUAUACUUUGGCGUAGCUGGCGUGCGCUGUCAGGCAUUACGUAUGAAGAAGUGGUACUCGGGAAGCAGUUAUAUCUUUGAGCCGUUUGCCGUGAUUGGAGUGUGCCCGACAUGUGAAAUUAUUGGCGAACCACCAGGUGAUGGUGUAUUACGACGAUAAUUUCAAUAAACGCUGACGAGUAAAGACAUUUGAAUUAUUAAAUCUUCAGGAUGCAUACACUGCCCCACUAUCAAGCUGAUAGCACGGCGUGAACUUUUUUCGUCGUUCACUGGUCAAGUAGUAAUUUUGCUUAUAGUAUCUUUGUUUGAAUGACCCCAAGUGAGCAUUACUGCAGCCAAAACACAACAACAAUAAAAACCUUGGUCGAGUCAGUCUUUGUGCCUUCGGGCAGAAUGCUAGAAAUUAAAUUUCAUCGGGCGUGCAUCCUUAAGUCUAAAGUUCUAUUUU